GUGUGCUUGAGCAUCGUUGGAGGCCUCUCUGCCUCGGAAGGGAGGGGAAAGGUUGUAACCACUCCUUUGGGGGGGUCGCCGAGGUCAUUGUAGGGGGUUUGCCGGAGCGGCUGCGCGGCGCCAUGGCGCAGGAAAGAAAAGGAACAGCCAAAGUGGACUUUUUGAAGAAGAUUGAGAAAGAAGUCCAACAGAAAUGGGAUACAGAGAAAGUCUUUGAGGUCAAUGCAUCGAAAUUAGAGAAAAAGGCCGGCAAGGGCAAGUACUUUGUAACCUUCCCAUAUCCAUAUAUGAACGGGCGGCUUCAUUUGGGACACACAUUUUCUUUAUCCAAAUGUGAGUUUGCAAUAGGGUACCAGAGAUUGAAAGGAAAAAGUUGCCUGUUCCCCUUUGGUUUGCACUGCACUGGAAUGCCUAUCAAGGCAUGUGCUGACAAAUUGAAAAGAGAAAUAGAACUCUAUGGUUGCCCCCCUGAUUUUCCAGAAGAGGAGGAGGAAGAGGAAGAAACCAAUGUUAAAACAGAAGAUGCAGUAAUGAAGGACAAAGCUAAAGGGAAAAAGAGCAAAGCUGUGGCUAAAGCUGGAUCUUCCAAGUACCAGUGGUGCAUUAUGAAGUCCCUGGGUCUGUCUGAUGAAGAGAUAGUCAAGUUUUCCGAAGCGGAGCAUUGGCUCGAUUACUUCCCGCCACUGGCCAUUCAGGAUUUGAAGAGAAUGGGUUUGAAGGUAGACUGGCGUCGCUCCUUCAUCACCACUGAUGUUAAUCCAUACUAUGAUUCAUUUGUCAGGUGGCAGUUUUUAACAUUAAGAGAAAGAAACAAAAUCAAGUUUGGGAAGCGGUAUACCAUUUAUUCUCCGAAGGAUGGACAGCCUUGUAUGGACCAUGAUAGGCAAACGGGAGAGGGUGUUGGACCACAGGAAUAUUCUUUAAUCAAACUGAAAGUGCUUGAACCUUACCCAUCUAAAUUAAGUGGUCUCAAAGGCAAAAACAUCUUCUUGGUAGCUGCAACUCUGCGCCCUGAGACCAUGUUUGGGCAGACCAACUGCUGGGUCCACCCUGACAUCAAGUACAUCGGGUUUGAGACCGCGAGUGGCGAUAUAUUCAUCUGCACGCAGAGGGCGGCCAGGAACAUGUCAUUCCAGGGCUUUACCAGAGACAACGGCGUGGUGCCUGUCGUCAAGGAACUCAUGGGAGAGGAAAUAAUUGGUGCCUCGCUUUCUGCGCCCUUGACAUCUUACAAGGUCAUCUACGUUCUCCCAAUGCUCACCAUUAAGGAGGAUAAAGGCACCGGUGUCGUCACAAGUGUCCCCUCCGACUCCCCUGAUGAUUUUGCUGCCCUCAGAGACUUGAAGAAGAAGCAAGCCUUACGAGCAAAAUACGGAAUCCGAGAUGAUAUGGUCUUGCCGUUUGAGCCGGUGCCAGUCAUGGAGAUCCCAGGUUUUGGAAACCUUUCUGCCGUAACCAUUUGUGAGGAGUUGAAAAUUCAGAGCCAGAAUGACCGAGAAAAACUCGCUGAAGCAAAGGAGAAGUUAUAUUUGAAAGGGUUUUAUGAUGGUAUAAUGUUGGUGGAUGGAUUUAAAGGACAGAAGGUUCAAGAUGUGAAGAAGACAAUUCAGAGAAAGAUGAUUGACAAUAAAGAUGCAUUUAUUUACAUGGAACCAGAGAAACAAGUUAUGUCCAGGUCUUCAGAUGAGUGCGUCGUGGCCUUGUGUGAUCAGUGGUACUUGGAUUAUGGAGAAGAGAACUGGAAGAAGCAGACGUCUCAGUGCCUGAAGAACCUGGAAACAUUCUGUGACGAGACCAGGAGGAAUUUCGAAGCCACCUUAGACUGGCUCCAAGAGCAUGCUUGCUCCAGGACCUAUGGUUUAGGUACCCGUCUGCCGUGGGACGAGCAGUGGCUGAUCGAGUCUCUCUCCGACUCCACCAUCUACAUGGCCUUCUACACAGUCGCACACUUGUUGCAGGGGGGUCACUUGCGCGGGCAGGCCGAGUCCCCCCUGGGCAUCAGACCACAACAAAUGACCAAGGAAGUUUGGGAUUAUAUUUUCUUUAAGAAUGCUCCAUUUCCUAAGACACAAAUCCCGAAGGGAAAAUUAGAUCAGUUACGGCAGGAGUUUGAGUUCUGGUAUCCUGUGGAUCUUCGUGUCUCCGGCAAGGAUCUUGUCCCAAACCAUCUUUCCUAUUACCUUUAUAAUCAUGUUGCCAUGUGGCCAGAUCAGAGUGACAAGUGGCCGGCAGCGGUGAGAGCAAACGGGCAUCUUCUCCUCAACUCCGAGAAGAUGUCAAAAUCUACAGGCAACUUUCUCACUCUGACCCAAGCUAUUGACAAGUUUUCAGCCGACGGAAUGCGCUUGGCGCUGGCUGACGCCGGUGACACCGUUGAAGAUGCCAACUUCGUGGAAGCCAUGGCAGACGCAGGCAUCCUCCGCCUGUACACCUGGGUAGAGUGGGUGAAAGAAAUGGUCGCCAACUGGGACAGCCUGAGGAGCGGCGCUGCCAGCACCUUCAAUGACAGGGUCUUUGCCAGUGAAAUGAAUGCAGGAAUUAUAAAAACAGAUCAAAACUUUGAAAAGAUGAUGUUCAAAGAAGCUUUGAAAACAGGGUUUUUUGAAUUUCAGGCCUCCAAAGAUAAGUACCGGGAACUGGCCAUUGAAGGGAUGCACAGGGACCUCGUGUUCCGGUUCAUUGAAGUCCAGACUCUCCUCUUGGCUCCGUUCUGUCCCCAUCUGUGUGAGCAUAUCUGGAUGCUCCUGGGAAAGUCGGACUCCAUUAUGAAUGCUUCGUGGCCUGUGGCGGGUCCUGUGGAUGAAGCCUUGAUACGUUCCUCACAGUACCUCAUGGAAGUGGCUCAUGACCUUCGGCUGCGACUCAAGAACUAUAUGAUGCCAGCCAAAGGAAAGAAGACGGACAAGCAGCCUCCUCAGAAGCCUUCACACUGCACCAUCUACGUGGCAAAGAACUAUCCGUCUUGGCAACAUGUCACUCUGUCAGUGCUCCGGAAGCACUUUGAGACCAACAAUGGAAAAUUGCCUGAUAACAAAGUCAUUGCUAGUGAACUAGGCAAUUUACCAGAAUUGAAGAAAUACAUGAAGAAAGUGAUGCCUUUUGUUGCCAUGAUUAAGGAAAAUCUGGAGAAAAUGGGACCUCGGGUUCUGGAUUUACAACUAGAAUUUGAUGAACAGGCUGUCCUUAUGGAGAAUAUCGUCUACCUGACCAAUUCCCUCGAGCUUGAACACAUAGAGGUCAAGUUUGCCUCCGAAGCAGAAGAUAAAGUCAGGGAAGAUUGCUGUCCUGGAAAGCCACUUAAUGUUUUCAGAACGGAACCUGGCGUGUCCGUGUCCCUAGUGAAUCCCCAGCCAUCCAAUGGUCACUUCUCAACCAGAAUUGAAAUCAGGCAAGGAGAUAACCGUGAUUCCAUCAUCAGGCGUUUGAUGAAAAUGGACCGGGGAAUCAAAGACCUCUCCAAAGUGAAGCUGAUGCGGUUCGAUGACCCCCUGUUGGGGCCGAGGCGAGUUCCUGUCCUGGGGAACGAGCACGCAGAGAAGACACCCAUCACGGAGCACGCGGUCUUCCACGUGGACCUCCCGAGCAAGAAAGUCCACCUCACAGAGAACGGCCUGCGGGCAGAUAUCGGGGACACCAUUGUCUACCUGGUUCUCUAAUGGUGGCCUCGGGGAGGGUUGUUCUUGUUCCUGACCAUGCAGCCACUGUGACGGUGCCUCAGUGGGGAUCGAGACCCUUAGUGGAGACUUCAGUGGAUUUCCUUCCUAACCAUCAAUUUCUGCAUGUCAUUCGAAUAAUCCUAGGUAGUCUGGGAUUCUGGGCCUAAUAAAUAUUUUUUUCCUUC